GCACCGCGCGGAGGGAAGAAAACAGCCUCCGAGCCGCCAGCCAUUGCCCCCGCCGCUCCGCCUCCUACUCGCCAGGGGAGCUUCACAAAACCUGAACAUGUCUUCUGUCAAACGCCUUGUAUAUGCCGUCAUCCAUUUCUUGCGAGAACAGAGUCAGAUGGAUACAUUCACUUCAGAUGAACAAGAAAGUUUGGAAGUGGCCAUUCAGUGUUUGGAGACAGUCUUUAAAAUUAAUCUGGAAGAUUCCCAUCUUGCAGUACCUGUGCGCUUGACAGAAAUAUUUGCAGAGUCCUGUCAUAAGAGUGAGAUACUGCCUCUCUCAGAUUCUUUGCCAGAGGAUCUUGAGAAAGCUGACCAGCUGAAGGAUGAAGGUAAUAAUCACAUGAAGGAAGAAAAUUAUGGUGCCGCUGUGGAUUGUUACACUCAGGCUAUAGAACUGGACCCAAAUAAUGCCGUCUAUUAUUGCAACAGAGCUGCUGCCCAAAGUAAGCUGAACCACCACAAUGAAGCAAUAACAGACUGUGAAAGAGCAAUUGCAAUAGAUCCAAAAUACAGCAAAGCAUAUGGAAGAAUGGGACUGGCUCUGACUUCAAUGAAUAAAUACCAAGAAGCAAUUAACAGUUACCGAAAAGCAUUGGAUCUUGAUCCAGAAAAUGACUCUUAUAAAUCAAAUCUGAAAAUAGCUGAGCAAAAAUUAAGAGACAUGUCCAGUCCUACUGGAACUGGAUUGAGUUUUGAUAUGGCAAGCUUGAUAAACAAUCCUGCCUUCAUUAGUAUGGCAGCAAGCUUAAUGCAGAACCCUCAAGUUCAACAACUGAUGUCAGGAAUGAUGACCAAUGCUAUAGGGGGGCCUGCUGCAGGUGUUGGUGGGCUCACUGAUCUGUCAAGCCUCAUACAUGCAGGGCAGCAGUUUGCGCAGCAGAUUCAACAGCAAAACCCAGAGCUGAUAGAGCAACUGCGAAACCACGUUCGAAGCAGAUCUUUCAGUGGCAGCACCGAAGAGCAUUCCUGAUCAGAGGCAUGUGCUAGAACACCGUUCUACCAGUUCCAAAAGGCAUACUGUAGCUAGUAGCAAAUAUCACCAUUGUAAUUCUUCUCAGACAUGAGAUGAGAAAUCCUUUGUGUGUAUUCCUUAUUGUCUGUUGAAAACAGAUUCAUUGCACACAGAUUUGAACAUAUCAUGUAUGUAUUUCGAUGCCUUUGUAAAUGGACUAUAAAUAGAACUGUUGACUUAUUAAAAUCUCUAUGUAUAAGAGAGCAUUUUCAUAUCAAUGAGCAACAGUGUAUGACAUUUCAUUCUCUGUGAGAGAAUGGAUUUGUUGCACCAAGACUGUGCAUUGAAAGAGAUCACCCGGUGUGUUGACAGAGGAGUGGAGGAAUAGUGUUUGAUAGACCAUGCAGUCAUGUGUAAAAUAGUAAACAAAAUACAUUCUAUAAGGCAGUCACUCUCAGUUGGAGGGUACCCCCCCUGCCCCCUCAUAUAAGACUGUGGGAGGUGCAAACAAUUUCGCAUGUCUAACUGGCAAUAAAUCUAUUGCUUUACUGGUAUAGUUGAAAAGGAGUAGAAUAACGGGUCUGCUUGAUGGAGUUGCUACAGGCUGAGAUGAUGUGACAGAAGAGAGAGAAAAGAGAGUGAACAGGCAUCAGGGGAGAAAUGAAUGUGUCUGUUUAUAGGAGUUGGACCAGCAGCCUAAAACUAUGAUUGGUUUAUAGGUGAUACAGCCAAAGAAAGUUGUAGGUUGAUAAGCAUGAACUACCUACUAAGUUUUAAAAGGGGGCACAACUUCAACUUUUAGAACACACUCAGAUAAGGGUUAGCUGUAAAGGGUGGUGAUGCU